UACACAUAUGUAUUAUAUGUAUACAUGAAGCUAUCGUGUGGCAAACACCAUGUCGGAUGACGGCCCGAAAUUCAUCAAAUGUGUUGUUUGUGGGGACGGUGCUAUAGGAAAGACAUGUAUGUUGAUGAGCUACGCUACUAACAAGUUUCCCACGGAAUACGUACCGACGGUGUUUGACAAUUACGCAGUGACGGUGGCCAUCAAGGACCAACAGUACCAGCUGGGGCUAUUCGACACUGCUGGACAGGAAGAGUAUGAAGGGCUCAGAAAAUUAGCAUACCCGGGAACACACGUGUUCCUUCUGGCAUUUUCCGUGGUAAUGCCAGAAUCGCUAAGGAAUAUAGAACUGAAAUGGCUUCCAGAAAUACUACAAACUUUGCCGCCGGCUGCUUAUCUCAUUGUUGGUACACAAGUAGAUUUAAGGGAGGAUGACGAUAUCAAACAAAAACUACAAAAACGGAGACAGAAACCGGUUACUACUGAGGAAGGCCAGCGCUUCGCCAAGCGGGUGGACGCUGAUUGUUACGUGGAAUGUUCCGCCUUGACCAGACUAGGACUCAAAGACGUAUUCGACGAAGCUAUGAUUGCUGUUCUGGAUCCGAAAAAGCGGAGACGUCCACCAAAGAAACGACGCCUCAAAUGUGUUAUAUUGUGAAUUUCUGCGUAUGUGAUGAUUCAUGUUAUAUUAUAAAUGUUACCCACUGAUCAGCUGAUCAACAAGUCUGAUCAGUCAUAACCGGAUUUAAAUAGUCUGAUCAUUGGAGGUCAGGAGAGCUCCGGAGUGGAGUUAGCCGAGUUCGACCGCAAGUUUGUAUAAGGAGAUUCAGCUGCCCGGAUGAUGAAUGUUAAUGGUGUCCUCACUGACGUUCGGGUAACACGGAUGUAUUAUUGUCCUUCAAUAUCACGGGAUGUAAGCAUAAUAGAUAUAUAUAUAUACUAGUAUUAUUUAACAGAGUAUACAGUAUAUUAGUACCAGAUUAUACAGUAUACGAGUACAGUGUUUCUCGACACUUCACGAGUGACGUGAAAAAACAGCAUUAUGGUUCACUUCAGUCGGGAAUUGUCGGUACUUUCCGUAAGGGAGACACUUUGUUUACGAAAAAUGUCGACAGUUCCCGAUUGAGUUUAACAUCUACUAUAACUUUACUGAGAAUCAACUAGGGGUGUUUUUUUAAGAUCACUGUUUUUGUUCUCGCAUCGAAUAUACUAUGUGAAACUGAUAAUUACUUACAUCUCUAAAUACAAAACAUUCCUCAAUACAUGUAUUUCAUUUGUGCAAUAAAAGUCAUUCCUACGUCCCCAGAUACCGUUUCACGUGAACAAUCCUGGUCAAAAUGGUGCUUAAGUUAAUAUUCAGAUGUGUAUAUUGAUUUCAAGAGUCCAUGUCACUUUGGUGCUAAUCUUUGGCUAUAUGGUACUGGACAACCUCUUCUCAGCGUUGGGAUAUUGGAAGAAAAUCGUUCGAACUGUAGCUUUCGCCUGUACAGUAGAAAAUUGCAUUAAAUUUGUAUACAGAACGGCUCAAGGAUAUUUCUUGGAACACCGCCGUGAUGCACAGACACGACUGUAUAUUUGGUCCCGAGAUUUAAGGUGUCAAAUCAUAGAGGAGUUACAGACAGACAAUGUUGUGUACUGACAUCUACCGGUAAACUUUCUUCCUCUUUGUUCAGUGCAUUGAUUAAAUACUAAUAACAUUUUGCGAUUUUAUUCCUAGAAGUGGGCGGGGGGCUAAAUCAACACUAAAUCAACACUAAACCCAAUACUAGUGUGGUAUUUUGAGUCCUGAUAUUAUUGUAUUUUGUCGUAGUACCCUAAUUCAGUAACGUUAAGUUUGUUUUAAAUGUUAGUUAAUCGUAUUUCCAGCGAAACUUUUGAAGAUAUAUAUAUUUUUUGCGAAUGUGGUGUUUUGCGAAGUAACAUAGAGCGCAUAUAUUUCGAUGCUAUAAUAGUGCUGUUUUUAUUGAUAAUCAAGAAAAUGGAACAAGAUUUUAAUGAAUAUGUAAUAGAUAAGUAUUGAUUUUAUAUAUAGCCUGGAUAUGAGACAAGGCCGUCUAUUUUGGUUUGUAUUAGAAAUAGACUGUGUUUAAAGGAGCACUAUAAAUCUCGUUGGCAAACUAUUCUUAUGUGAUAUAUUGGACGAGUAGAGAUUUGCUAUAUAUUCAUAUUUUACGUUACAUGUCUUUUUCAGAGUACAUUUGUAUAUAUCAUUGUCCAGCCGCCAUGUUUUCUAUCAAUCACAUUCAAUGUUCUCCGUGACUGGAUUGCACAAAGAUAAAACAUUUUGCCCUGAUGCUAACGUUUAAAGACUGACAUUUGUAAAUGACAUUAUUUGUAAAUUACAUUAUUUAUAAAUUACAUUAUUUGUGAAUUACAUUAUUUGUAAAUUACAUUAUUUGUAAAUUACAUUAUUUGUGAAUUACAUUAUUUGUGAAUUAUAUUAUUUGUAAAUUACAUUAUUUGUAAAAUUACCUAAAUGUAAAUUACAUUAUUUGUAAAUCACACUAUUGUAAAUUACAUUCUGUUUAACUUGCAUUUUGUUGACCCAAAUCUCUCACCGUGAAGGCAUUUUAAGUCAUAAUCAAAGCAGAGAUAAGAUGUAUUACCUAUAUCACAAUGAUUUUGUUUAUUUACUUGGGAAUGUAAUCUUCUACAGAAACAUAUACUAGUCCGAGGGCCGUAUCUAUACUGUCUGAGUAUGUUACUUUUACAUGUGUUUCGUUUUUCAUUGUUUCUUUUUUUGCGAUUUUACUGUCAGAUAAUUUGCCUUUGUGUUCAUCCUUUUAGUAAAAUCAUCUUACCUGUGUCUCCCACGUCUUUACUAACCAAGAGAGGUGUGUGUGUAACUACCAGACUUGUUUUUUUGAGAUUUAUAAUAAUCAUGAUAAAAGUAAUCCUUCUUUGUCGUUUGGCACGGUAAUAUUAUGAUUUCUGGUCAAAGGUCAAUGUCCAUGAUUCUAAUGUUAUAGUUUCAGGUCAAAGGUCAAUGUCCAUUAUUCUAAUGUUAUAGUUUCAGGUCAAAGGUCAAUGUCCAUGGUUCUAAUGUUAUAGUUUCAGGUCAAAGAUCAAUGUCCAUGAUUCUAAUGUUAUAGUUUCAGGUCAAAGGUCAAUGUCCCUGGUUCUAAUGUUUUAGUUUCAGGUCAAAGGUCGAUGUCCAUGGUUCCGGUAUAUUUUUGACAUUAUGGCAAUGCAUAUAUAUAUAUCCUGAUUUACAUUUGUCAUCGAUAAAGCCGAAGACGGCUACCCUUCCGGACCACCUGGCGUUAUUAUCCUGAUACAUGUCCCGGUGUCUGUAAAUCUUGUCUUCAUACCUUACCUUCAUCUUAUGGUAUUAUGUUAAAAGUACGAUGUUAUCUACAUGUAGGAAUUCACUGUCGAAUUUGUCUCAGAAUCUAUGUUUGAUAUCAACUAAUCUAUGAUGAAUGAAGGGUAAAGAUGACUCGUGAUUGUUCGUCUCAUAUAAAUCAUAGGUACGUAUUUUAGUUUGAAAAAUGAAUUGGGGAUUUGUUUUUGAAGACUUUCACCAGCAAGUAGCACCAUUAUCUCAAAAAGUAAGAUUCCACUUCAAGUAAAUAUCCAUUAUGAGGUCACAAUCAUUUGUGUCCAAAAAAAGAUUACGUAAGUAAUUAGUGUAUGGGUACAAAUCAAAAAGUACACACGGCAGCAUGUAAUCAGUAUUCAGAGACAGGAGAAAAUAUAGGAUAAAUUGUUUUUGUUUUGAUACAGGAACAUUAAUACACGUAGAAUGAUGUAAAAAGUCAGUUGUAUGUAUAUCACGGCUCUUAACUAGUAAAAUUGUACAAAAACAGAACGUCUGUAUAAACAAGAGCUAGUACAUUGUACUAAAUCAUAGCGUCAAUAAGCAAAAGGCCAGUAUCAAAUGUUCUCAUUCACUUUACUCUGUAAUGGUAAUACUUAACCAUAGUUCAGUCAGAUAUGUACUGUAGGAAUAACGAGUGAAAUUCUAUUUUUUUUAAGUAACUUAUUGAUAUAUGAACAUGCCGAUUUAUACAGGUCACGCGCUAACCCUUUUGAGCCAUGUGGAGAUACAAGAUUCUUGAAUUAUCAUGUUUUGUUACAAAUGAAUGUAGUAUUAUGCAAAAUCUGGCGAAGAAAUGUGAAUAAAAUAUUCAAUCAAAAUUUAUUCUCAAACAUAACGCAUACUUUCUAAUUUAUUAUCUCACUCACUCGAUAGGAAUUUCAUUCACACAUUUUAUCAAGAAUGCAUUUACAAAAUCGCUCAAGUGGUGAAAACUUGCCAACUCGUAUCACAAACUUGGGCGUCGUUUUUACGGACUCUAACAGGUUUUCAUCAGAUCGGCCUGUAUUACAGCGACGUCCCAACAUCUCAGUAUUAGAGUCAGUCACUUUGUAAAUCAUCCAUUAUGAGUCACAACCUAGCAUGAUACUAUAUAUGACAUAAACAUUCAUCAUGAUGAAGGAACAUAUAUAUUAGAUAUUGUUUUAUUUCCCCUGCAAAUACUUCAGUUAGGAAUGUUACAUUACUACACUUAAAACACGUGGUGUGAGUCACGUAGUCGCUUUUCUAACUAAUAUGGUUUGGUUAAAGAUGCGCAUUUAUUGUAUUUCCUUAAAGACAUUUUAUACGAAUUAAUGAGUGUAAUACUUGAAACUCUUCGAAAUUGUACAAUUUGUAACAGUGUUCCAAAACAGCAUCUCAAAGUGAUAAUGACUGGAGAAAUAUAAUAUGUUUCACUAUUUUUACCUUUCAAACUUUUUCUUUUCAAAUUUAGUAAAGUUGUAUUGUCAUCUGUGGUUUUUAUACAAAAUCUGUAAUAUAGAUACGUUGUUUGUCCUGUCAUCAUGAGUUUAGACGUGGUAUGAUUGUAGUUAUCUGACGCCGCACUAGAAUAGCCUAGGAUAUAUACUAUGUAUAUAUCGCUGUAUAUUUUUAUCGAGCAUCAGAUACCUAUGACAAAACGACAAGACGACACUUCAUGCACAAUCGCAUUUGUUUUACUAUUAGAUCUUUUUAUAAUUUUUACUUUUAAGAUAAUUUCAUUGCAAUUCGUCCGUUUACACCAGAAAGCCACCGUUUUUAGUGAAGAAGCAUCAAAGUUUUGUCAUGUUUUAUAUAUACUACAGUUGAAUGGCAUUCGAAAGGCAAUACCAUAUAAGGUUAAUUGUAUAUGCUGCAUGUCUGACUUAGACUAGAUGCUACGCUCGGGUGACACCAUUAAUGAUGUUCUUGCCUUUCUGUGUCUUCUGUCGACACAUUUCUGUGUGAACUCGAUAUCUUAAUAAGUGACGACCCAUGUGAAAAAUACUAAAUUGUUUAUGUAAUAAUACUGAGGAAGUCAUAGAAACCUGAUGGUAAUAAUGACAGUCUUAGUUUCAUUUACCAUGCACAAAUAUCAGUUUUCUCUAAACGUACAUAUUUUUGGCGGUUUCAAAUUUUAGCGGAUGACUGGAUUUAAAUAGGUCAGCGCAAUGAUGAUAUCGCACAUUGAUAAAUAUUACUUGCCAUAUUUUUUUUUUUUUCAGAUUCAAAAUAAUUUUAUUUAUCAAAAGCAGGCAUGGAAUAAAGUUAUACAUUUGUGUCUUCACUCAGGAGAAGAUUCCUUCGAUACACAUCUCUCUAUUUUCCUUUUUGGUUAUCUUCUGUCAUAUUUACUUGCCAUAUUAAUCGAUUUACAUAAACUUCAAUCAGCGCCAUCAUAUUUAGCAGAAGACUAUCAACCCGGACAUCGCUAAAAUAAGAAAACCGCUAAAAAUUGUACGUUUACAGUAAGAAAUUGGAACAAUUUUCAUAUUUUAGUAUAUAACUAUGUCGCUCAAUAUUAUCCGGUGCGUCAUGUGUCAAUAUUGUGUCUUAUCACAUUGUAUAUCAGAUAAGGUAUAUAUAUCACAACACCACAGAGAACAGAAUUUAUUGUAUGUUACGGAUCGCAUUGUUGACUAUAUAUGUAACACAUGGAUUUUAUUUUAAUUGUGUUAUUUUAAAAAAGCUAAGAAAGUAUUGAAUAAAUAAAAAGAAUAUAAAUAUA